GGCGGAUGUAACUGACGGAACGAUGAGCACUGUAGUCGUCCUCUUUGAUGAAGCUGCUGAACAAUUGGUUAAGCGGACGGCGAGAUCCUUGGUAGAAGAACAGUUGAAGGAUACUUCUAUUGAUGCUCCCAUACUACCUUCCGCCCUCGCAGCCCUUAUUGGAACAAAACACACUUUUGAGAUUAAGAGCCAUACAUACUACCAUUUUGGGGACUAUGAGAGCUUCACUUGUGCGAAGAUUGUUGGCCCUGAUAUGGAUGAUGCGGAUAAGAGCGUUGAUACUGUUGCGAAUGGUUUGGGUGCAACACCAUCCGGCUCCCUAAAGCGUGGUUCGAACCUCUCGCCGCUGACCCCUGUGACUGGACGCAAACUUAGAAAGUUCUGCGUUGAAGACUCGCAUGAAGAUGAUGAUGGGGUGCGGGUUGAUCGUAAGGAUGUUACUGAUGUGCUAGACGAUGGUAGGGAUGAUCAGGAGGGUUCUUGCUGAUAUGGCAAUGCUCAUUCUUAAGCUUAUUUAAGUGUGUUCACAGUUGUGCCUUUCUCUUUUAUGUAUUCAAAUAAUGUGGCGACGCUUAGGAGUUGU